AUGCGUUUAGCCAAAUGUAAAUGUUCAAAAAAGUGCAAGUUAUAUUUUCAAUCCGUAAUGUUAAAACCGGUGUCUUCAAUUGUAUUUACAAAGUUUACACGAAAAAUCAAGGUCCUGUUUUACUUUGAACUAUGUCAUCCGGCCUUAUUAAAAGCGUCUUUAAAAGCAUUGCUUACACAAAUUAUUAAAGAAUACAACAAUAGGCGAAUGUAUGAAAACGCAUUGGGAAUCUUACAUAAAUUGAUUGAACGAUUUUUCACAUCUGUGCCGUCGUGUUUUACAAAGACAUAUCACAAUGCGCAAAUUCUAGGCAAUUUUCGAUCAUCUGUUGAUAUUUAUGUACGAUCGCUGUUAUUAGUUAAUACAGCGUAUUUUGCAAAUGCACAUGUUGAUUCUCAGAAUGCGAAAAGUGAAUAUGCAGCAAUUGAAAGUACUUCGGAUGAUAUAGGAAGAGUUAUUUAUGGUUUUAUUUACUCUUCUCAUGCAAUUUUGUGCAACGCUCGACAACGGCAAAAGCCUCGACUUCCACAUCGAGCAUCGCGUACCUAUCGAUACCGAUUUUGUGAAUGCUUCAAAGAGUCCGCUCCUGUAUACUAUCAACCAAAUGGACGAUGGUCCAAGCAAAGUAACAUAUAA